UCCUCAUUUUCCCCCCUUCCUCUCCUUUGCUUUUUUUUUUCCCCUCAUUCCUUCUACUUCUGGACUUAGCAAUAACUCCUUUCCUGUAUUUCCUCCUCCCCCGUUUCUUUCUUUCUUUUUAAUAAUAAAUACCAGAUUCCACCCCCUUUCUAAAGUCAUUAUUAGCCUUCAAACCCCCACUCCCCCCACCUCUCGCUUCUCUCUGCCUGCGCUGGAAAACGUAAAAGGAAAAGACAGUGGAAAAAUACUCUGGUUGAGUAAGGGGAGGGGGGAGAGAGAGAGAGAGAGAGAGAAACAGCCCACAAGAAAAGCGGAGAAUCGAAACAGAUGAACUACAAAUGAGAAAGAAAAAAAAAAUGGAAUUGCACAUUUUAGAGCACCGUUUAAAAGUAGCCAGCAUAGCGAAAGACAGCAUCCAAUUGUUUACCUAUGGAUUGAUCAAACUGGCGUUCCUCUCCUCCAAGACCAGGUGCAAAUUUUUCAGCCUGACUGAGACACCUGAAGACUACACGGUCAUAGUGGAUGAAGAAGGAUUUUUAGAGCUCCCAUCGUCAGAACACUUGAGUGUAGCAGAUGCAACAUGGCUGGCCCUCAACGUCGUCUCGGGAGGAGGUGGCUUCUCCGGCUCUCAGCCUAUCGGUGUGACCAAAAUUGCCAAAUCAGUCAUAGCUCCACUAGCCAAUCAGAAUAUCUCAGUGUUUAUGCUCUCCACUUAUCAGACAGACUUUAUUCUGGUACGCGAGCGGGAUCUGGCCUUUGUCACGCACACCCUGGCUUCUGAGUUCACCAUCCUCAGAGUCGUGAAUGGGGAGACGGUGGCAGCCGAUAACCUGGGAAUAACCAAUGGAUUUAUGAAACCAAAAUUGGUUCAAAGGCCUGUCAUCCACCCCCUUUCCAGUCCAAGUAACAUGUUCUGUGUCACCAGCUUGGACCCUGAUACCCUUCCCUCUGUUGCUACACUCCUUAUGGAUGUCAUGUUUUACUCCAAUGGAGUAAAAGAUUUAGUGGCAAGCAAUGAAGAUUCUGAACACAUUCGUUUUUUCUCAUUUUCUCUCAUUGAAGGAUACAUUUCUUUGGUGAUGGAUGUACAGACGCAGAAAAGAUUUCCUAAUAAUCUGUUGUUUACAAGCGCAUCAGGAGAACUCUGGAAGAUGGUUCGCAUUGGAGGGCAACCUCUUGGCUUUGAUGAGUGUGGAAUCGUGGCUCAGAUCUCUGAACCUUUAGCUGCCGCAGACAUCCCUGCCUAUUACAUCAGUACUUUUAAGUUUGAUCAUGCACUGGUUCCAGAAGAAAAUAUCAACGGUGUUAUCAAUGCACUCCAAGUCAGUCAACCUGAAAAAUAUUAAUUUUUUUUUCCCAGAAUGGGACCUAGGUGUAUUUUAAGACAAAGAAUUCUUCUCAGUAUUUCCUAGCAAUGGGGUGGGUGAUUCUUUCUUUCUUUUUUCUUUUUUACUCCAAAGAGAGCACGGGAGAAAUAUUGUCAUGCCACGAAGAAGUGAUGAAACAAAAGACUAUUGCAUAGGCAAAGUGACUCCCAAUAGCUUUUUACAAAAAUAGUAAUACAAAAAAUAUAUAUCUUCAAGGCAGGGAGGAGAUGAGGAAAGAAUCUUUGGGAUUAAAGCACUGUGAAGGGUUUUGUUUUGUUUUUUUGACAUUCCGCUCUGAAGCGAAAUGUCACUAUUAUGCUGUUUGUUUUUGUUGUUUUUGUUUUUCCUUUGGUUGGUGUAGUUGGUAUGUGCCACAGUUGCAUUCUCACUGAACAUGCGAACCUGGAAUUGCUGAUGGUGCCAUUUGAUCAGAAAAAAGCAGCGUGCUUCAUGUUGUUUGGAGAUCCUCUUGCUUAGCCAGAUUGGGUCAGCGUACCCAGAAAUGACUGGAACAGGAAGUAGCUUUUUUUUUUCAAUCCAGGUUUGUGAAUGUGUUGGACUUUCCUAACUUCUCAACCGACGUGGCUUUUCAGGAAUCGGCAACAAGCUCUCAUGGAUACCCUUCCAGCCUGGGGCACGCCUUGUGGGUGCCCACAAAACUCAGAACGGCCUUCGAAACGUUGCAAUUGCAAUGGCCAAAUCUAGCAGGAUUUCGUAAGAUCUCCUUGAGAGUUCAGGUGACAUUGCCAAAACCCAUCUCUUUGUAUAUAUGUGUGUGUGUGUGUGUGUGUGUGUCUGUCUAUCUGUCUGUCUGUCCCUGCUAUCACGAAUGAUUAGAUCCGUCUCAUCGAAAGGUUGCUGAGUCCUGAUUAGGCUUCAUGCUCAUCCUCCUAUCUCUUGGUUUGUCUCCGCAAAUCCUGAUCUGGAGUUGAUUUGACAAAGCUGGUCUGAUUAGAAGAGCAAGAAGCCAGAGCCCAUGUUUAGAUUAUAACACUAAGAUUUCCCUCUCUGAUAAAUUCAUGUUAGCCUAGGAACUUAAAGAUUGUCUCCCCUCCCUCAACCCUUGGAUGCAACACACACAACUCUUCCAAACAUUGCCAAUUACUAAAUUUAAGAUUGUUCAUGUGAUUGAUAGGGAAACUUGUUUAAUAUGUAGGGAGUAAUCAUGUGAAUGGAUCAGAUUUAAGUUCAUUUAAAUUAAACUAAGCCAAAUAUAUAGUAGUCUUUGUUUUGGCUCUGACUUGCCACUAUGGGAAAAGGGUGGCUCUUGAUCCUGGCAGCUGUGUUCUGCCAGCUGCUGCUUCCGAGAUGACCCAGCCUGGCUCGCAAGUGCCAGCGUGCUGGUUAGCAACCAGAAACUAGAUUGUAUGGAUGGAUGGUGGACUAGCAUACUUAAGGAGAAGAAAAUGUUGAAUUGUGUUGCUUCCUUUUGAGUAAACCAACCAUUUUAGACUAUAGUCCUACAUUUAGUAUGAAAUCCAGGAAUAUUUCUGGUUGUGCUAUUAACAUUGCAGCUGAAAAAUAAAAUUGAAUGCUCCAGUUUUUAUUGGGAAGGAAGUAGAAAAAUAAAAGAUGCAUUGAGAGGAAAAUAGAGGAAUAGAAAGCCCUGGAUUUGGAACCAAAUCAACACAUACUCGGGGGGACACUGGAUCACACAUGUUUAGACCUCCCAUGGAACCCCACAAUGUUUAAGAAUAACCUUGCUGUGAUUAAUACCACAAACAGUUCUUCAGUAAUAGCAGUCUUCACAAAUUUGCAUGGAUGGCAAUGCCAGAUGUGUAAGCAAAUGAUUUGUGAAAGGCCUUUUAUCCCAAAAUUUUGGCUGAAAUAGUAUGCGUUAAGAUGACCAUUGACAAACGUUUGCACAAGCUGAGACUAGAAUGAAUGUGAAAUAUAUUCUGGCUGGUUAGUUUGCGAUUCUGACUGUUGUGCUAACACAGACAAUUGGAUUUAUUCUGAAAACAUGGUUACGUGCGUAGCUAGACUGUUCUCCUUGCUGUCACAGCAGGCCUCCUUCCACAUCUGAUUUUCUUUAAAACAAAAACAAAACAAAAAUCUUAAGUCAAAAGGCAGCUGACAAGCAGGAAAGCUCUCACCAACUGACUCAUUUAUUGUGUUCCCUCUGAUGAAUGAUUUGUGAUAGGUAGACCUGCAUUAUUUGCAGAUGCCAUUUUGUGGAUGAACACACACACACAUAUACCCAAGUGGCCAUUUUGUAAUUGCAGCUCCCACAUGCUCUGGCAUUCCCAAAGGGUGGAAAAGAUUGCCUAAUUCUGCAUAUCCUGGUCUCCCUUUGAAUGUGUGCGUGUAUGUGUGUGUGUGUGGAGCGGGGGGGGGGGAGGAAUCUAUCUUGGGACUUCUGUUCCUCUCUGCUUUCCUCCAGAUUAUAGAAAGGAAAGGAAAUCAUCUGGAUUCCAAAAAAAAGGCAUUGUGUUUCUCCACAAUGACCAUGGAGAAGCCUUUAACUGCAAGAUGUCAUUGGGUGAUUAGAGCUGGCUGGCCCAUCAAUUAGCAGGAAUAGUUUGCACACUGAAAAAGUUCCAGGGCCGGUCCGAGCGAAACGAUCCUUCCCUAUUCGAAAUCUUGAAAGCCACUACAGCCAGAAAUGACGAGACUGAACUGCUUGUCCAGAUAGCCAAGCCUAACAUAGAAUUUCUUCCUGCCUGCAGCAUUUUCCUUUGUCUGGGUGAAGGCUGCUUAAAAACAGCAGUGAAUUUUGCACCUGUGUGUUUGUUACUUAAUCCACUAAUGGUGCUCUCCAGAUGUGCUGGACCACAGCACCGUUAAUUCUCAACCAGCAUGAUCUAGCUCAUUUUUUUCACCAGCUUGGGAAAGGGUGCAACAUCUGGUGUAAAAAAAUAAUAAUAAUAAUGGGCGAGUUCUUGGCUCAGGUUGCCCAAGGGGUAACAUUCACCAACCUGGAGCCCUCUAAACAAGAUGGGCAUUACGAUUCUUUGAAAUUCCCAGCCCCCUCUCAAAGCACUUGGAUUAUCUUACAUCCAGUUCAGCUGCAAGGAGGAAAAAAAGGUACUUUAAUUUUUUUUAAAAAUGUAAUUCCUUCUUGAACUAUUGAAGAUUACUAAAAGGGCUGCGCCCAAGCUGUAGUGUUUUGGAAAUGUAAAAUACAAUUUCUGAAUACUUAUACUUAGAAAAAUCUCCUCUGUGUUGCUGCAAUUGUAUACCUCUAAGAGAGCCUUCUGCGGCCUCCCAAUACAUCUUUGGUGCAAAAUUUAA